UCCACUUUCUCUAUCGCAGUCAGCAACCGGACUGCAAUCAUGACUCUUCCAACUUUCUGGUCGUUGUAGACAAGACACCCGCGCCCGCGUCAAGAUCGUCUCCGCUCCUCUCGUCUCCCUCCCCGUCAUGUCCGCAGAUCUGGUCCCCGAGACAAGGGUCCUUGCCGUUGCCAGCCAUGUUGUCUAUGGCCAUGUUGGUAACAAAAUGGCAACCCUCGUCAUGCAGUCUCUGGGCUGUGAUGUUGCCGCUUUGAAUACCGUGCAUUUCAGCAAUCACACUGGUUACCGCCAGUUCAAGGGUACUCGGGCUACAGCAGAUGAGAUCAGAAAUCUCUAUGAAGGCUUGUGCAUGAGCAACCUCACAGACUUUGAUGUCAUGCUCUCGGGCUAUGCGCCGAGUGCUGCUGCAGUUGAAGCUGUCGGGUCCAUCGGUCAAGACCUCCAACGAAAGGCUGCAGACCGUCCCGGUUCUUUCUUUUGGGUCCUGGAUCCCGUAAUGGGUGACCAAGGCCGUCUAUACGUCAACGACGAUGUAGUACCGGCAUACAAGAAAAUUGUGCAGCACGCCGACUUGAUUCUCCCUAACCAAUUCGAAGCCGAAGUCCUCUCCGGUGUCCAAAUAACCUCCCUCCAAACCCUCGCAAAAGCAAUAACAACCCUGCACGCAACAUACAAAAUCCCACACGUAAUCAUCACCUCAGUGCAACUCUCCAAACUCUCCCCAUCGCAAGAAAACCCCUCACCAGACUCCACCCAGAACCUUCUAACAGUGAUUGGCUCCACAACCCUCUCCAGCGGCAAACCGCGCCUCUUCCGCAUCGACGUCCCAGCCAUAGACUGCUUCUUCAGCGGCACAGGCGACAUGUUCGCCGCACUCACCGUCGCCCGACUCCGCGAAGCUGUAUUCGCCGAUCGCAACCCAGAGCUACGGAACGCAAAGUCCUGGGUUUCGGGCGACGAAGUACGGCCUACGAAGCUGCCGCUUGCAAAGGCCACCGAAAAGGUUCUGGCUAGUAUGCACAAUGUGCUGGAGAAGACUAUUGAAGCGAGGGAUGUGGAACUGGCCGCCACUGCGCCUGCUUCUGGCGGAAGCGAGGAGGAGGUGCAGAAGAGCGAACAUCUACGGCGGACGAAGGCUGGGGAGAUUCGGCUUGUGAGGAACGUCAGGUUUUUGCGGGAGCCUACGGUGGAGUUCAUGGCGAAGGAGUGGGAGGGGGACUAUUGAAGAACGAACCCAACAUGUCGGGUUACAUUGCAUGCAUUUGCCCAGUGCCCAGUGCCUAGGAUCUGGAGUGCGAUCAUCAUUACUAAACAACAUAUAGAGCAUUGCUAGUGUUUCAUGGUCUUUUUCAUUGUUAUUUUUAGAUCAUGAGCAGAAGCAAGAGCUCAACUCUGGUAUCCAUCUAUCUAAACGUAUCGUUCGUUUCGUAACGUACUUUUGAUUCAGCACGAGUCGCCUCCAAUCAAAAAUACUUCUCUAGCAUAUCCAGCUUACCACGGGGCAGUAACUCGCUUAGUUCCCGGUACUUCCAAACCCACCAGCUCCUC